CGUGCGCGCUGCAUCCCAUGGCCAUAUAGUAUUCCACUGACCCCAAGUCUUGGGGGACUGAAGAGUCUGAAACUUAUCUUUUCUUGCUGGUGCUGUAGCAUUUCCAGGGCCCCAGGCCCUAGAACUUCAGGUGUCAGCUUCCUGGAGAGCACAGGUGAGACAGACAGACAUUGAACAUUCCUGAGACCAGAAGCCAUCAAUCCCUGGGCACAAAGAGGGUGCCCUGGCCACGGUGGCUUUCCAGCCUGGAGGGCAAGCACACCGGACCGAAAAUGAGGAGACAGUAGGGACAUGCGCGCGCGCGCGCCCGCGCGCGCUCUCGCGGCGUAUGGGGACAUGAGGGGAUCCGGCGUCAGUGUGUGGGUGUGCGCUGAGCGUGGUCGUGUGUGGGUGUGCUCCAGAGCCCGACGCGGCUGACGGUGACUGAUGCGUCUUUGGGGCCUUCUCCGCUGUCAGAAGUACUUGUUGCGUUCUGCCUGCGCCGAAAGCUCUGUGAAGUCAGCACUGCUUUCCUCCCGGAUCCGUAGAUGAGACUGGAGACCCAAACGCCUGCCUAGUCCUGCGCAGCUCUGGAGCGGCCCCUCCCGGGGCGCCACCCCUGCCUCUGCGUUGUGCCCCCCACUCUUGGCCAGAGGCAGCAUGGUCCAUGGGGCACCAUGGGACCUGACAGAGUGACAGCCAGAGAGCUGUGUGAGAAUGACGACCUUGCCACCAGCCUUGUCCUGGACCCCUACCUCGGCUUCCGCACCCAUAAGAUGAACGUCAGCCCUGUGCCCCCCCUGCGGCGACAGCACCACCUGCGCUCAGCACUGGAGGCCUUCCUGAAGCAGCGGGACCUGGAGGCAGCGUACCGGGCCCUGACGCUGGGCGGCUGGAUGGCCCACUACUUCCAGAGCCGGGGCCCGCGGCAGGAGGCUGCCCUCAAGACCCACAUCUAUCGCUACCUCCGAGCCUUCCUGCCUGAAAGCGGCUUUACCAUCCUGCCCUGUACACGCUAUUCUCUGGAGACAAAUGGAGCCAAGAUCGUGUCUACCAGAGCUUGGAAGAAGAAUGAGAAGCUGGAGCUGCUGGUGGGCUGCAUCGCGGAGCUGCGGGAGGCCGACGAGGGGCUGCUGCGGGCCGGGGAGAACGACUUCAGCAUCAUGUACUCCACCCGCAAGCGCAGCGCGCAGCUGUGGCUGGGCCCCGCCGCCUUCAUAAACCAUGACUGCAAACCCAACUGCAAGUUUGUGCCCGCAGAUGGGAACGCAGCGUGUGUGAAAGCGCUCCGGGACAUCGAGCCGGGGGAUGAGGUGACCUGCUUCUAUGGUGAAGGCUUCUUUGGUGAAAAGAAUGAGCACUGUGAAUGCUAUACCUGUGAGAGGAGGGGUGAGGGCGCCUUCCGACUGCGGCCCAGGGAGCCCGCGCCCCCGAGGCUGCUGGACAAGUACGAGCUCCGGGAGACCAAGCGGAGGCUGCAGCAGGGCCUGGAGGCAGGUGGCCGGCUGGGCCCCAGGGCCUGCACCCACCUGUCCCCUCUGCUCCGGGACUCCAUCUGUGCUGCCUGCCAGCCCCUGCACUCCCUGCCCUGUGGCGCCCGCCCCGAAGCCUCGCCCCUCUGGCUCCAGUGGCUGCCUCAGCCCCAGCUCCGGGUGCGCCCCCGGAGGCGCCGACGCCCCCAGCCCCGGCGGGCCCCGGCGCCCCCCCUUCUCCGUGUUGCCCGCGUCUCCUUGCACCAAUGGGGAGGCUGUGGCCCCCGAUGCUGCCUGCGAGCGGAGGCCCUGGUGGCCCUGAGCCCGGCCCCCCGCGCCCACUGGGCCCCUCAGCAGGACUGGCACUGGGCCCGGCGCUAUGGGCUGCCUUACGUGGGUGUCCUGGCCACUGCCGCCCCACCCCCGCCCCCAACUCCAGCCUCAGGACUACAGAAGCCCUUCCCUUCCCUACCCACUCCUGCCCAGCGAGCAAAGCCAUAA